GUAUUGAUCCAAACAAAGCAUGAAAAUGUGCAGAUGGGGAAAAGUGAUAUGAAAGUGUUUUGAAUUAUAAGGGAAUGGAUACUACAAUUUUGGUUAAUUAUUGAAAAUAUGUGUUAGUAUAUAAAAUGGAGGAUACAGCCUCGAUGCCUUUGAAGUUGUGGGCGGAGAUAUUCCAUGUGGUGGGUCAUGGAGACUUUAUGCAGUGGAAGCGUGUAUCUGAGGAUGUCGUGCCCAUCAAUAUCACUUGUGUGGAGGACACGCCCAAAACCCUUUUCCAGGUCACAGCUUACAAUAGACAUGUUGAAAAGAUCUUUGAUGUCAGAAUUGUUCAACCAGGUACCAUUCUAUGCCCAGCAACAGAUUGUUUUGUACACUGGAGGGACCCUCCAAACAACAGUGAAUGGGGACUGAACUUUACAACCCCACAAGAUGCCAAAAGAUUCAGAGACUGCUGUUCGUUGACCAGUCAGAAAUAUGCAAGGAAAGCCUCCUCAGCUAAUUCAUUGAGACUCAGUCCACCAAAGGGUAAAGGUAAACCUAGCGUGUCAUCACCUAACUCUCCGAUACACGAUCCCCGUCGGGUCAUCUCUACUCCUUAUGACUUGAAUCAGGUUGAGCCAUGUGAGUGUAUUACACCAUCAACGGAACGUGAAGCAUUUUCUCGUGACAAUAAAGCUGCUACGAUACCUAGAACACAGACUGAAUCAGGGGCAGAUAAUCAGAAAUUUCAACCGCGGGGAAUUCUUAAACCAUCGUCUGGUUCCUCUGGGCCAGUGUAUGAAUCUAUUAACAAUUGCCGACAAUCAGUGAAUAAUUUAGAGCAAGGCGGCCAUGUUUACCAAGGUCCCAGAUCUGCGUCUGCUGGACCGCUGACUUAUAGUGAUAGUGUAGAUCAAUCUGGGUCAAACUCCGGUGCAUUUUCAAGAUACGGGAAAUCUCCUGUCAGAACAUGUGAAAAUAUACGUGUCGAAACAGCUUUUGUAGGUAAUUUCGAAAGUUCAUGUGAUUUGGACCAAACAUCUGGUAGGAAAAGUGUUACUAUAGCAACUAAACAUGAAGAGAAAGAAAUAGAACAAGAUCCACCGACACCUGUUGAUAAUGAAAAUCAAAGUAUUGUUGUGCACAAGGAUUGUAUACGUAUUUUAGCUCCGCAACCUCACAAGUUAUUACCAGAUUCCCCUAGAAGUAGCUCACAUAAUUCAGAAUCCCCAGAAUGGCCUUCACCCCCUGAACCUUUGACCCCUCAAACCCCACAGACACCAACUUAUAAUCUUGAAUUUGAUAGUGACUCUAUAAAGAGAAUGUUAGAGAAUUUACCGUUGUCUCCAGAAACAGAUUCAAUGGCAGGAAGUAUUCAUGAGCACGAUCAAGGCUUUCAUGAAGACUCAUUAUGUUCUGGUUUGAAGGAUCAAAACCAGGGUUGUAAAGGCAAAGUAGGGGCAAAUGGAACACAGUGUAGUACAACAAAAUGUGAUAAUCGUCCUAAUCAGUUAGGCAGUCCACAACUGUUAGAUUGUGAAAUUGCUAAAAGAUGUGUUAGAGACAGCUUUGGUAGAGAUUCGAACCCAGACAGUGGAUUUGGCGGCAUGCCAAGUGAUGUAGCGGUGUCACUGUCAUCUGGUGAGACAGCUAGUAUACAGAGUACAGGUUUGGAUGUUACUAGACAAGAUAUAAGGGAUGGUGGAUCCACGGGGGCCAGCAGCCAUGACGGGAGCAGUUCUUGCAGUCAUCUCAGCCAGAGUGACCUCAUCAGCCAGUUAACUGAGGGACAGUUUAUGUCUGCUGAGAUAUCAGAUGAUGAGGCUGGAAGUGAUGAUAGUAUACACACAGUGACCGAGGCAGAGAGUCAGUUCUCAUAUGCCAAACAACAAGGUGCCAUAAGAAAAGCUGGAUGGCUUGUGGUGAAGAAUUGGUUAGUACAAAAGAAGAAGAAGUUGGAGUUGGCCCCGAGGCGGACCUGGAAGAGGUACUGGGUAUGUCUGAAGGGAACAGUUCUCCUGUUUUAUGAUGGAGAUAUAGACAAUGUCACCAUAGAAGAGACAGUUCCUAGACAUAUGCUUGUGAUAGAAGGAGGGAUAUCGCAGGCAGUUCCUGAACAUCCAAAACGUGACAAUAUAUUCUCCCUUAGCACAGCAUUUGGUGAUGCUUACCUCUUCCAGGCCUCUAGUCAGACAGAAUUAGACUCAUGGGUUUGUGCAAUACAUUCGGCGUGUGCUGGUUCAUACGCCCGUCAACAUGGCAAGGACAAUAUUGUACGGCUACUCAGAUCUGAGCUCCAUAAGCUGGAAACAAAUAUCGAUAUCGACGUUAAGAUGCGUAAGAUGGCGGAGCUACAACUGACAGUGGUGUCAGACCCACGGAGCCGGCAGGCAAUUAUAAAACAGAUACGCCAGUGGGAGGAGAACAUAGAAAAGCUAUAUAUAGAACAGUAUCGUCUACGUUGUUACUCAGCUUCAAUACAAGGCUCGGAACUCCCAAACCCAAAGGUAUUACUUUCAAACGUGUCAAAGGCGUCCAAGGUUACGUUGAGCAGACUAGGUAUAUUCACUGUGUCAUCAUUUCACGCACUAGUGUGUGCUAGGAAACCCCUUGUGAUGCCCAGCUUGUAUGGAAAGGGGAACCAGAAAGGCGGCCUACUGUCCCCUAGAGGUGAUGGAAUGUUUAAAUAUCACAGUAAACAUAUGAACGCUGCUCCUUCCUCACAGUCAGUAUUCAAGGCGGCGGAGAUAGAUGAGGUUGUAGGAGACAUGAUGGCCAAGGACGGGAGCCAGUCCCCAUCAGGAUCUACGGGAUCCAGUGAAAUACUUUCCAAAGUUACUGUGCCAAAUAAUCAGUCUGUGACUGUGGGUAUUAAGAAAUCUACAAAUGCAGAAGAUGUAUUGACUUAUGUGUGCAAUAAAAGACAACUCAAUCCAAGGGAUCACUAUGUUCGUGUCCGUCUACAAGGGGCUCCAGAGGGUAGUUACCAGUAUCCAAAUAGAACAGAAAAUAUCAAGAAAUUGAAAUGUGAGCUUGUAGAGGUGUGUCAGAAGCAUAUAUAUCAGGUGGAGUUAUGUAAAGGGGAGGAGUUUAAGGAUUAUGGUUUGAAGAUAGAGGCGGAGCUUGCCCAGGACUGUGAUAGAGAUGAUGAUCUCAGAAUAUAUGUUGCUGAUGUCAGACCUGAUAGUCUUGCUGAUAAGAAAGGUUUGAAGUCAAGUGACGAGGUUGUUGUUAUAAAUGGGAAGGUUGUGUCUGAGUUAGAUAUGGUGUUUGUGGAGUCCUUGUUAACUGAAUCGGACAGCAUCUGUCUAACUGUACGAUCCCUAUAUGCACCAACCGGUAAUGUUGCCAUAGAAACGCCGGAAUCCUGCCCACCUCCUCCUAGUCAGUCACGUAUCAGUGAUAACAGUAUUGAUAAUCUCAAGAUACCACCACCUUCAUCAGGUUCAAGUUCAGUCAACACUAGUUGCCAUAAUUCGCCACAUUCAAGCUUACCGAAGCCUAAACUGUCAUCGGACCAGGUGGAUGCCUUAUUACAGGGAGCUGACCAGGUCACGGCUAUAUGUCGGGAAUCUAAUGAUGACAGCACAGGAAGUAUUAACCGACAGUUGUCUGAGGUAGAGAGAUUGCGGAAGGUUAUUAUGGAGUUGGUUGAUACAGAAAAAGCUUACGUCAAGGACCUUAAUUGCCUACUGGAGAGAUAUGUCGAGCCUCUUAAAGAGGAGAUGUUCCUCUGUGCUGAUGAGAUAGACCAUAUAUUUGGUAAUAUACAGGAGAUAGCCUUGUUUCAGCGACAGUUCCUACACAGUCUAGAGGAGGCCAUACAGUUAGAUAGUCCUUUCUUUCAAGGCACAGACAUCAAACAUUACCGGAGAGUGUUGUUUUCACUUGGAGGCUCAUUUCUGUUCUACGCCAAUCAUUUUAAAGUUUACAGUUCAUUUUGUGCCAGUCACUCAAGAUCUCAGAAAAUACUCAAUCCAGAUACAAUUAACGAGAAGUUGAAAGAAUUUCUGAUAGCAAGAAAUCCAAAGCAUCAGCACUCGUCGACCCUCGACUCGUACCUGAUCAAACCUAUACAGCGAAUACUCAAAUACCCACUACUUCUACAACAGCUCUGUAACCUCACUGAUCCUGAUACUGAUGAACAUCAUCAUUUGUCAGAAGCAAGAAAGGGUAUGGAAGCUGUGGCUGAACAUAUCAAUGAAAUGCAAAAAAUCUAUGAAGAAUACGGUGCAAUAUUUGACGAGCUUUCUAAAAUGUUUAAAGAAUUAUAUCCCGCUAAAAAGGCAGUUGAUUUGAGCGUUGGAGAGUUACAAAUGUAUGGUACAGUUGAAUGGUCUAAUGUUGCUGACAGUCUGGGUAAAAUCAAGAAAGGGACAGAACUGGAGAGUACAGUGUUUGUUUUCAAGACAGGAGUUGUCUUUCUUUGUAGAGAAAGAUUAAAAAGACGGAAAACUCGGGUGGGGACUGGUUCUGGUAGGGGAUUAUUCAGUGAAAGUUAUGACACAAUUGAAAGGUUCCGUACACUGAUUCCGGUGCAAGAUGUUCAGGUGCGGCUAGGAAAAGUUAACGAUUUAGAUGGUCAUUACUGGUGGGAGCUGGUUCAUUCUAGAUCAGAUCCGGAAUGUAGACCGGAGCGAGUAUACCAGUUCUGUAACAGUACAACGGAAGCUAAAACAGACUUUAUGAGAAUUAUUAGACAAACAAUUAGAGAUAGUGUUCGUAAAAUGACUGUGCCAUCAGGCUCUCGAGAUAGUUUAAAAAGUAAAUACAUUCCGUUUGGUGGUAAACGUCUCGAAGCAUUGUCUUCUAAUCCACGCAGUACGCUCAGCAAGAAACGUAACUCUUCUAGUAAUAAAAACCAAGACGAAAGACAUUCAAUGGAAUUAGAUGGAAAAUUUAGUGUCGACGAUGAUGGUGUAUUCAGAACAAGAAGUAAAACUGUCGGAGAUUUGAACGAAAGUGAUUUAGAUGAAUCUAUGGAGGAAUUUGUUUGAGUUUAAGUGUACUUUAAUGUAUUGUACACGAGGUCAGGUAUUAGGUUGACUGAUUUCCAAGCAGAGACAGAUGAAUAAACUUCUACAGUUACCAGGACGGAUGAAAGAUACAGAGGAACAUGUGAUGAUUACGUCACAAAACUAAUGAUGACGUAGCAGUGCCAAGACGUGAACUUUACUUGGAUGAAACAAAGGAGGAAAGGGAACUAAAUCUUCAACCUACUUUUAUUAACAUAUCAUUCCUAUGGAGAAAAUAGGGAUAGUAUUGUAGCAAAAUAAAUACAUGAUGUAACAAUUACAUUGCACAUUUAAAAUGUACAUUUAUGUGAAAUGGUAAUAAACAAUGUACAAUUUAAAACACAGAAAUCCGCAAAAUCCGCAAUCCAUAUUCAUAUGUACAUAACAGGCAUAGUGAAUUGUAUUAUUAACAAGUUGCAUAGCUUUGUGGCUUUGUCAAUCGAGUAAUGGAAGUUUCAACUAUUUUCAUCUAUUUUUGACCAUGUUUAAUUCUGGGUGUAUUUGAGACAAGGAUGGUUUGAUUAUGUGAUUUUAUAACAGUAUUGUCUUCUUUUACCGAUCAAGGUUGAAGGUGCUUCCAGCAAUUUGUUCGGUUCAUUUUGCAUGCAUAUAUCAUGCAUAUGCAUAUCUUAGUCUCUACCAGUGAUCUAGUGACAUCUUUUUUAUUUGUGAACUUUGAACAUUUCACGUCUUUGCAACAUAUUCAAUUUUUACUGUGUUAUUAUUGUACAUAUUUGUUAAUAUUUGUUCUUGAACUCUCUUAUAUUUUUUAUUCAUGUUGUGUUUUUAGAAGAUUACACAUGUACAGUAAAAGGAGUAAUAAAAUUGUUAAAUGGAAUAGAAAAUA